AUGCCUCCUAAACGUUCCAAUACUGCUGAGGGGCUGACAGCUCGCUCGAUGCCGUAUGAUCUUCGCCAUACUAGCAUUCCUCGCGUUGAGCCACCCCCUGCAGCUGGUCAGAACCAAAAGGGGCCAUCCUAUCCAAAAGAGGGUACCAGGACCCUUCCAUGCGAUGCAGAGCCAGGAUCAUCAAACCCUAUAGUGGGAAACAAAUCUCGCUCAGGAUCCCGCUCAGUUUCUCGUGAACCGUCCCUACCAACCCCUCGUCGUUCAGUAUCGCGGCAGCCCUCUCGCCAACCAUCAUUACCACCUCCAAAGCGUGUACGGUUUAGCGCCCGCGAGGCGCCUAAUCCAAGCGAUGCUGAUGCCGCAGAGGAUGAGGAAGAACUCCUUGCUCAACGCCUCUUCACCACUAAGGAAAGAUAUAACCAGUUUGUAUCGGCCCGGAAAAUUGCUGAAGCACGAUCGAUAAAUCUGCUGAUGGCUUGGAAUUUGAAAUCCUCACGCGUGCGGCUGUGUAUAAAAUACGAGAGUGGCCGCGGAGGAGCGAAGCAACAUGAUCUUGAAGACUUCUCAAUUGCAGCUGCAGAGGGGGUGAUGAUACAGCUAGAGAGGCAGCGGUCCAAUUUUCGCAAGGGUCAGAUGGUCCUUUUGUUUGAGAUAACUGUUAAAACACUGCCUACGCAAGCGCUAAUAGCGAGUUCAACACACAAGGGGAGAAGGGUUUAUACCGUCAAGCCCGCCGCAGAGUACGCCAACUACACCAAAUACGGCCACCUGGGUGCCUCAGAGCGUGCGUCCAGCUCGGUUACAGGAGCAACACAACGUCCGAGUUGA